AUUUAAACAAAGCUCAAAUGUAUUAUUCAUAUGAAUCUGAUGAGAACAUUUCAGAUGGAGGAUAAAAUUAUAAUGAAGUUUUAUUUCAAGAUGAAGAUUUAAGUUAAGAUGAAGAUGAAGAUUAAUUUUCAAAUCGUUUAUCUUUAUUGAAUUCUGAAUCAGAUGAUAAAGAGGUUUAGUUUAUAGAUCAAAGCAGAAUAGUAAAUUUAUCAGAAGUCAAAGUAUUUUUGGAUGAAGUUAUUUGUCCAAUAUGUUGUCAUAUAAUAGUUGAUCCUAAGAUUUGUAAUUAAUGUGAUUAAACAUUUUGUUCUAAUUGCAUUGAAAGAUGGUAUUUUAAUCUUGAUCAAAUAAUUUUAGGUUCAAAAAAAGUCUAAAUCAUUAAUGUCCAUGUUGUAGGAAAAGUUUAAACAAAAACAAUGAAUAUUGUUAAAAUUAGGGUAUUAUGGAUGGAAAAGUCCCAAAAGUAAUACUUAAAUUAUUAGGUAAAUUGAUGUUAACAUGCAGAUAUAGUGUAUUAAUAUUUUUAAAUAAUUAGAAAGAAGGAUGUGAAGAAAUUAUAUCUUAUGAUUUUCGUGAAAAACAUGAGAACUAAUAUUGUUUAUAUUAAGAAAAAUGUUGUGAGAAUGAUGGUUGUUAUAAGACGAUGUGUCUUAAAGAUUUUGAAGAUCAUCAGUUAGAAUGUAUAUUUGGUGUAGUUUAAUGUAAAUAUUGCUAAGAAGAUAAGCUUAGAAUGGAUAUAGAAUUACAUGUAUAUAUUAGUAAUUAAUUUAGUUAUUAUAAUGUGAAUGUCGACCUGUAUUAUGUGAAUGGUGUAAAGAAAAAUAUUAAUUUAUAGAUAUAGAUAAACAUCUCAAAGAAUGUGAAUUUAAAGACAUUUUUUGUGAAUGUUGUAAGAAGAAAUUCAAAAAAUAUGAUAUGAAAUUUCAUACACCCAUUUUUUGUCUAAAUAAUCUUUAUAUGAAUUCUCUUGAAUUGAUUUAACAAAAAGAUGAUAAGAUAUUUUAAUUGCAAUAAUAAAUCAAGUUAUUAAAGUAAAAUAAACCAAUUGAAUAGUCUGAUUUAAAUUAAUCAACUAAUGAAAUUUUAAGUGAAAAAUAUAAAUAAGAUUUUGAAGAUGAAGUUGAGGAAGUUAUUGAAGAAGAUAUUUAAAUUGAAGAUAAUGAUUAAGAAGAACAAUAAUAAUAAUCUGAUAAUAAUGAAGAAAAAAGUAAUUAGGAUUAUAAAUCAGAAUCCCUUUCAUAUGAUAAUAAUAAUUAAGAAAAACAUUAUUUAGAUGAAUUACUUGAUUUAACUGAAUUACCAUCAAUCUAAGAUAUAAAAAUGAGAGGAAUGUAUACUUCAUUCUUAGAAAAAAAGGCAGAUAUCAAAUAUAAAGAUCUUUGGAAUUAUUCUGAAGAUGAAUUCAAUUAAGUUAUUGAUUUGCUUAAAUGA